AUGGUAUCUCUACCGGUAGCUAUCUCUCUCUAUGUGUCAUUAUCAUAUGUUGUUGCACUGCACAUAUCCUUUAAGGGCAUAAAUGACUAUAAGAUGCGUAGAGAUGAUCCUCGGGUGAUCAAGUCGCGGAUGAAACGAGUUCUCGGUGUCACAUUGAUUAAUAUUGUCCUCAUCCCGUGGUUUCAUGCCAUAUAUUCUCAAGGUGAGUGCAACUUUAUUGAGGCAUUUCUGAGACUGGGCCUUAUUCCUGGCAUUCUGUAUGGGCAAGGCAUCCUUCGAUUUGCAUGGGGGCUGUUCUUUUCGAGUGUCGUGAACUGUCUCAAACUUAUGUGCAUACUGUAUUGCGGACCUCUUUUGGAUAACUUACUUUACUACUUACUCGUACCAGGAGUUUCCGUGAAGAGUAUGUUCAUCGAUGUUUAUAAUGAAUUGUUCAACAUAUGGGGACUAAGAAAUUACGUGUUUGCUCCACUCACAGAAGAAUUAUUUUACACUGCCAUGAUCAUCAACAAUUACCUGAUUACGGACCAAAAGUCAACUACAUUCAACUCAGUAAUUUUCUUAUCACCUUUAUUUUUUGGAGUAGCCCACGUUCAUCAUGGAUUUGAAAUGUAUUCCAUAGGAUUAUAUUCGACGCUCAACAUUUUAUUUUCUGUUCUGUUCCAAACUGUGUACACAACUGCAUUUGGAAUCUUCACGAAUUAUGUUUUCGUUAGAACGGGCGGAAACCUAUGGUGCUGUAUCUUCUUGCAUGCAAUGGCAAAUUACUUAGGAUUUCCUGGAGGGUCGGAGUUGAGCUCACAGCUUCAUAUAGUCCAGCAUAAGUGUUCACGCUUAGUGAUCGUAUUUGGAGCACUAUGGAAGUGGAUAUAUAUCGGGUUACUGUUAGUUGGAGUUGCAGAGUUCAAGAAUAACCUCUGGAACUUGACGCAAAGUCCAUAUGAAUUGAGAAUUACUAGAAGUGCCCAAUGA